UGAAAUAGGAUCAAAAUGCCGGAUUCAAACAUCUUUGAAAGGAGACAGGGAAACCACAACAGUUUCCAUAGCUUCAUUUAUCUUACUGUCCUCAUCAUUAUGGCGAGUCUACCAAUUGUACAGACUUGUCAAUUCAAACCACGCAAGGGAUUGAGAACCCCCUGCUCGGAGUCAAUCAAGACAGUUGUGGAAGUACGAUCAUGUCCAACAAGUAAAGAAUCUUGGGCGGAAAGGGCUUUAAUAAAAGACUGUAGUAAAUUUCUACAUAACUGCUCUGAGGGGGAUCCCUUGAUUUAUCAUUGCGUUUUGGACGAAGAUGGAAAAAGGCUGUUAGAAGUGUGUGCCUUAAUGACACAAAUUAAAGGAAGAAGAUGUGCGGAGUUUAACUCGGGUGGUAUGUUUGUACAAGAGCACCUUGAGAAAAAAUGCAAGGAGUGUCAAGAAGAGAAAGAGGAAGAUGCCGGACAUAAUGACUCAGGGUUGGGGAAGUCAAUGAUUGAUUCUCCAAACAAAUCAAAUUCAUAA